AAUGAGCUAGUGUCAUUAUAAAAUGAAUUAGCUGUAGUCUCGUCGGAUCCCCGAAAACAACCGGUUUGUGUUAAGUAAAAUCACAGCUUUUAAUUGAAGUCAAACAGUGGUAAGGUCUGUUUAAACUGGCUCUUCCCCUAAGACAAAAUCUGAUCAGCAAUACCACAGAGUUACUCGCAAGCUAACCUAGCUCCAAAUCGAGUGAAUUUUCGGCCUACAAAUAUAAUAAAUAACAGUAGUAACGGAACAAACCUGCUGCUAUACACUACAGAAAUCCAGCUCCGGCUGAACAAAGGAGCCUGGUAAUGUUAUGGGGAGACGGUCACGAGUUGUUUUCGGCCCUGGUUUUAUAAAUAAACGCACAUGUUCCACUACUUUAAACCCGAGAAAUUCCCACAAGCAGGCACAGCUGCUGGGCAUCAAGUGAGGCAAGCGACCGGCAUCGGUCCGGCCACUUCCGUUUAAAUCGGCUCAAUGUCUACAAAGGUCAGUGAUUUAUGUUUGGGGCGAAGGUUACAUCAGGCAAGAUUCACGCUCAAUGGGCCAGUGCAGCUAAGAAUCAAAUGAGGUUAUAUAAACAGACUCACGGUACUAAGGUGAUCAUUUUCAGAAGGUUACAGCAGAGCGGUGAGAUGGCCAUCGCCCACGUGGCUACAGAGUAUGUGUUCAGCGACUUUCUGCUGAAGGAGCCGAACCAGGCUCGAUACCGCAGCGUCCGGACUGAGCUGGCUGUGGACAAGAUGGUGACCUGUGUGGCGGUGGGCCUGCCCCUCCUCCUCAUCUCCCUGGCCUUUGCUCAAGAGGUUUCAGUUGGUACUCAGAUCAGCUGUUUUGCUCCUACUAACUUCUCCUGGAGGCAGGCUGCUUAUGUGGACUCCUACUGCUGGGCAGCCGUACAUACACACACUCUACCUCUGUGGCUUCACAAGUUCUUCCCCUACAUCCUGCUGUUGGUGGCAGUGCUGAUGUACACCCCGGCGUUGUUCUGGAGGUUUUCCGCUGCUCCCCUCCUGCAGUCGGACCUCGGCUUCAUCAUGGAGGAGUUGGACCGGUGUUACAACCGUGCCGUCACUCUGGCCAAACGCAUGGCCACCUCAGGACUGCUCACACCAGACAGCGACCCUACAGAGGGCUGUUUCAAUUACCCGCUGGUGGAGAAGUUUCUGAUGACCAAGCGUUGCUCGCGGGUGAUGCUGUUUUACUACCUGUUGUGUCGCGGCCUGACCCUUGUCACCCUGCUGUGUGCCUGCGUCUACCUGGGUUACUACCUCCGCCUGGCCUCAGUCACGGACGAGUUUGGCUGCACGCUCCGUGUCGGCCUGCUCGCCUCCGACCCCGGCAUCCCCGACAAGGUGCAGUGUAAGCUCAUCGCCGUGGGAGUCUUCUCUUUGCUCAGCCUUGUCAACUUGGUCCUGUUCAUCGCACUGAUUCCCGUGGUGAUCUAUGCCAGUGUCCGCCCCCUCCUCUGCCACGGAUACGCCCGAUUCCUGGAAACCUACCAGUCACUCCCCACAGUGAGCGUCCUGCCCACCCCCGCAGGCCAGUGGGACGAUCUCUCUCUCUAUCUCCUCUUCCUGGAGGAGAACAUCAGCGAGCUGAAGUCCUUCAAAUACAUCAAGGUGUUGGAGUUGUUGAGGCGACGAGGGGAAUGCGCCGGAGAAAACUUCGAUGCCAUGGGUCUGCUGCAAACUCUCUGUCUGGUGAAGAUGGACAGUGUGGAUGGGAAUAAACACGCCGGUGCUGCGGGGAAACAGGAUCCAGUAAAAACUAAUGCGGCUGACUGUACCAGCAGCCCCACAGCCGAAGAUAACGAAAGCAAGAUGGAAACUGAGAUGAAAGAGCUCACUCCCUUGCUGCCAGGAAACAGCAACGCAACAGGCAGCAAAAGCAGCGAGGGAGGGACUCUCCGGCAGCGAGCAAUGUGAUUGGCUGCUGGCACGGCAAUGGAGACCCGGACGAAGGGGUUUCUGGGGGAAGUAACUUCACCACUGUCGACUGGUGCAUCCACAACUCAUGAUCUUCCUGUCCUGACGGAGGGAUAACAGACGGAUGGGAGAACGCAGCAGCAUCAUUGGGGCCAUCUAAGUCCCACCUCAUCUUCUAGACAUUCACAAACUCAAAUGUUUUUAGUCCCUUUCUCUGGAUGAUGUCCUUGUUUGGGAAGUUUGAGAAGCAGAGUUUUUUGCAGAAUAAAAAGGGGAGGAACAGAGCACUGGAUGGUGUAAGACUAGACACUGGAGGGCGUCAGGAGAGUAUAACUCAUGUUGGUACAGAUCUCCAGAACCAUUGGCGUAACUUUACUGUAAGUUCCCCUGUUUGGCAUUCAUACACAGCAUAUCAACAUUUAAUAAAUGGUUUAGGCGCGAUCUUACAUGGAGACUACAUAUCUCCAAUGGCCCGGGAACACUCUGGGUCUCCCAGGAGGAGGAACUGGAAAGCAUUGCUUGGGAGAGGGACCUCUGGACUACCUUGCUUAACCUGCUGCCCCCGCGAACCAACUCUGGAUAGGUGGCAGAAAAUGGAUGGAUGGAUGGAUGGAUGGUUUAUAACACACUACACUGUAGUUGUAUAUAGUUGUAACUUCUUCUAUGAAAACAGGUUUUAUAUUAUUACAACUGUGUUUUACUGUGUUGUCGUUCAUUAUCUUUUCAUUCUCCAGCCUCCAUUUAUGGGUGUCCAUGAGGUCUUAUAUUUGUUCAAAAAUACAUAUCUUAACACUGAUAUCUGUUUACAGAUGCAUGACUUGUUAAAGCCAUUUAUGAAGUGUUUUAUAUCCUGCUUAUAAAUGCUAGAUGGGGGACUUGUAGUAAAGCGUUACCGAAUCUUCCACUUUUGUCAAACUAUUAAGGACUUGUCCACCAUUAUUUCUGAAUUCAUGGUUAAAACACUACGGUGAUAAAAUGCAGAUGAAGAUGCAACUGUUCUGCCCCAUUCUGUCAGGAUGUGAUGCAUAUUUACAUGUUUACAUAGGUUUCAGGGAUGGGUUUUUUUUUUUUUUUUUUUUAAAGGAUUUUUUUGUUUUGACUCACAACCCAUGUAUUGAAUUAUAAUUGCGAGUGAGUUUGUUAUUUCCCUUUCAUAUUCCCUGUUACUUAACAUGUUGAUCACAUACCCGAUAUAUUUACUGUGACUAUUCAAAGUAAAAGCAGCACAGUGAGUGUGCAGUAGAUGUUGUUGCAGUGUAAGAGGUUGCUGCCUAAACCA